AUGAAGGGCACUCGUAGUGGACGAGGCCGUGGACGUGGAAAUAGGCAACCUUCUGAUAAAGGCACUGCGGAAACCUCGACUGGACCAAACCCUGAACCUAGGGUAGAUCCAAAUAUCCAGAUAGCUGCCGCUAUGCAGCAAAUGACCGACUUGCUGGCCCAUGUGGUGCAACAACAGGGCCACAACCCUAACCCACCUGUCGGGAAUCCCGAAAACCCUGGGAAUCACGUAGAAAGUGAGGAUAGAGCUCUUGAAAGAUGGUUGGAGAAGAUGGUGGACAUCUUUGCGGCCUUACAUAACUCCGAAGAGAGGCAGAUUACUUUUGCGGUCUUCCAAUUAGAAGGGGCCGCUCGCUCUUGGUGGAAUGUUAUUCGAACCAAGUGGGAGAGAGAGCAGACACCCAGAACGUGGGUGAACUUUGUAAGAGAAUUUAACGCCAAGUACUUUCUGCCCUUGAUCCAAGAAAAGAAGGAGGAUGAGUUCAUCCGAUUUCGCCAGGGCACCCAAUCCGUGGCUGAAUACGAAAGCCAGUUUACCCGAUUAGCCAAGUUUGCCCCUGAACUUAUUAUGACUGAACAAAGAAGGGUACGACGUUUCAUUCAGGGGCUAAAUGUGGAAAUCCAAAAGGAUUUAGCCUUGACCCAGAUUAACACUUUCAGUGAUGUGGUGGAUAAGGCUUUGCGAGCCGAGAACGCAAGGCUUCAAGUUCGGAAUUUUCAAGUGAGGAAACGUGGGUUUUUCGGAGGUAGUUCUACACAGGGGGAUAAGAGUACCCCUCCCAAAUUUGGCCGUGGAGCUGGACGAGGACGAGUUCCUGGUACGGCAAGAGGGACUCCGCCAAGAGGUGGCCAGAAGGGACGAGGCCAACAGAGGAGUGCCUCACAAGGGAGCUCCGCCACUGUUUCUCGUGGCCCGUGUGGGUUCUGUGGGAAGCCGAACCACACGGAGGAUAACUGCUGGAGAAAGGAGAAGAAGUGCUUACGCUGUGGGAGCACGGAGCACCAGAUAGCCAGCUGUCCAGUUCAACCCUGA